AUGUCUCAUCAACCUCCUCAGCCUGGGCCGGUUGCCGACGGCGAUGUCGAACGUGGAGAGGGGAGACGAGGCUCGACGAGAACGUCCGAGCGGCGGAUUUCCCGCAUCUCUAUCAAAGAAGACUGGGCAAAUCUUGACGAGUACGGAAAGCUAGUCAAGUAUGUCUCCACGUUCCGCGAGCCUGGCGACGGUGAAGGGGAAGGACAAGUACAAAUGAAACGAGUGUGGUAUGCUCCCUGGAGAAAGAGAAAGGUCCGCAUCAAGGAUGGAGAUCAUGAAGCUGGCAAGUUCCCCGACGAGUGGCUUGUCACGAACAUCCACCAAGGCCUGUCCAACACGGAGGUGCAGAACCGGCGUCGUGUAGCCGGCUGGAACGAACUGGUCUCCGAGAAGGAAAACCCAAUAGCAAAAUUUCUGUCUUAUUUCCGGGGUCCCAUUCUCUACGUCAUGGAGAUUGCGCUUCUGCUUGCUGCCGCUCUGGAUGAUUGGAUUGAUUUUGGUGUCAUCAUCGGUAUCUUGUGCUUGAAUGCUACCGUUGGGUGGUAUCAAGAAAAACAAGCAGCCGAUGUCGUCGCCAGCCUGAAGGGGGACAUUGCGAUGAGAGCCAAAGUUGUUCGAAAUGGCGAGCAGCAGGAGAUUCUAGCCAGAGAGCUUGUCCCGGGUGAUGUGGUCAUCAUCAAGGAAGGCCAGGUGAUUCCGGGGGAUGCCAAAGUCAUUUCUGAUUUCAAUGACCCGAACGGCUGGGAAGAGUUUCUCAGGAUGCAAGAAGAAGGCGAUCUCCGCGAAUCCGAUGAGGAGUCGUCCGAUGCCGAUGAAGAGAAAGGCAGUGAAAGUGAUGACAAGAAAAAAGAACGGAGCCGCAAGCGUGGGUAUCCCCUCCUGGCCUGCGAUCAUUCCGCCAUUACAGGAGAAUCUCUCGCGGUGGAUCGUUAUAUCGGCGACAAGAUCUUCUAUACCACGGGUUGCAAACGAGGACAUGUUUAUGCGGUAGUGCAAACCACUGCGAAGACUUCCUUUGUCGGCAAGACAGCUACUAUGGUGCAGGCUGCGAAAGGCGCUGGACAUUUCGAAAUCGUUAUGGAUAAUAUCGGAACCUCCCUGCUUGUGUUGGUCGUGGCGUGGAUCUUGGCUGCUUGGAUCGGGGGAUUCUUUCGACAUAUCCCCAUUGCAUCCCCCCCUCAACAGACUCUUCUGCACUACUCUCUCUCGUUGCUGAUUAUCGGUGUGCCUGUUGGCCUGCCUGUCGUCACUACAACGACCAUGGCAGUUGGAGCAGCGUACCUGGCCAAGAAAAAGGCAAUUGUGCAGAAAUUGACUGCAAUCGAAUCGUUAGCCGGCGUCGAUAUACUGUGCUCUGAUAAAACAGGCACUUUGACAGCAAACAAGUUGAGCAUCAGGGAUCCAUACGUCGCUGAAGGAGUUGACAUCGACUGGAUGUUUGCGGUUGCUGUCCUCGCGUCGUCCCACAAUAUUGAAUCCCUGGAUCCAAUUGACAAGGUCACCAUCCUGGCGCUUCGUCAGUAUCCCAAAGCCAGGGAAAUCUUGCGCAGGGGUUGGAAAACGGAAUCCUUUCAGCCAUUUGAUCCUGUGUCUAAACGGAUCGUUACCGUUGCUAGCUGCGAUGGGGUCAAGUACACAUGCACCAAGGGAGCAGCAAAGGCCGUGCUCCAGUUGACGAACUGCUCCAAGAAAACGGCAGCCCUGUAUACUGCCAAAUCCCAGGAAUUCGCCCACCGGGGUUUCCGAUCCCUGGGUGUUGCAGUGCAGAAAGAAGGUGAAGACUGGGCUCUUUUGGGAAUGCUGCCGAUGUUUGAUCCCCCGCGAGAAGAUACCGCGCAGACCAUCCAAGAAGCCCAGAACCUGGGAAUCAGCGUCAAAAUGCUCACAGGUGAUGCAAUGGCCAUUGCGAAAGAGACAUGCAAAAUGCUUGCUCUUGGGACUAAAGUGCAUAAUUCUGACAAGCUCAUCCACGGCCAUCUGAGCGGUGGCAUGGCUGGCGAAUUGGUUGAAAAGGCAGACGGGUUCGCCGAGGUAUAUCCUGAACAUAAAUAUCAAGUUGUCCAAAUGCUCCAGGAAAGAGGCCAUCUCACAGCCAUGACAGGCGAUGGUGUCAAUGACGCCCCUUCUUUGAAGAAGGCUGACUGCGGUAUUGCAGUGGAAGGAGCCUCGGAGGCCGCUCAAUCCGCAUCAGAUAUUGUUUUCCUAGAGCCAGGCCUAUCGACCAUCAUUGACUCGGUCAAGGUUGCCCGCCAAAUCUUUCAUCGCAUGAAAGCCUAUAUCCAAUACCGCAUCGCGCUGUGCUUACACCUGGAGAUAUAUCUGGUUACAUCGAUGAUCAUUCUGAAUGAAAGCAUCCGGGUGGAGUUGAUCGUCUUCCUCGCACUUUUCGCCGAUCUUGCCACAGUUGCGGUUGCAUACGACAAUGCAUCCUUUGAACUGCGGCCUGUGGAAUGGCAACUCCCGAAAAUCUGGUUCAUCUCCGUCAUUCUCGGCAUCCUGCUCGCCCUGGCGACGUGGGUGAUUCGGGGCACCAUGUUCCUCCCCUCAGGGGGCAUCAUCCAGAACUGGGGCUCUAUCCAGGAGGUGCUGUUCCUCGAGGUCGCGCUGACGGAGAAUUGGUUGAUAUUCGUGACCCGCGGCAUGGCCACCUGGCCCUCGAUCCAAUUGGUGACCGCCAUCCUGGGCGUGGAUAUCCUAGCCACGCUUUUCUGUCUCUUCGGCUGGUUCACAAAUCAGGACAUGGUCACAGAUCCGCGCACUUCCUUCGUGGAGACCACCAACGGAUGGACGGACAUCGUCACCGUCGUGCGCAUCUGGCUCUACUCGUUCGGCGUCGAGGUAGUCAUCGCCCUAGUCUACCUCGGGCUCAACAAGUUCAAAUGGCUCGACCAGCUUGGCAGAGCCAAGCGAAGCAAGGGCGAGAUUAAGAUCGAGAACCUGCUCGCCCACCUCUCAAGACUUUCGCUCGAGUACGAAAAGCAGGGAGAACCAAAGGGUCGCUACUACCUGACCACCACAAAGGAAGAAGAGGAGGUCGAGUGA